AUGUCCUCGCCACUUUCGUUUACGAUAUUGAUUGUUGGAGCGGGGCCAUCCGGAAACACGGCAGCGGCGGCUUUGGCUUCUGACGGGCACCAGGUGACUGUACUCGAACGCGGCUCUCGAAUUCAGACCCGGGGAGGGAACCUUAUCGUACAACCGGCCGCUGUGAAAUGCCUGAACCUGCUUGGCAUCUCAGAAUCUCUGGACAAGGUGGCUGUGGAAACAGUCAGUGAUAUCCUAUGGAGAUAUAAGGACGACGAGCCGUUCACAGUCACAAAGGCGAUUCCCAGUGGGACGGUCCGGAAGCCUACCGAUAGGCCAUCACUGCAGCGAAUAACCUACGAAGCUGCCAUUGCCGCAGGAGCCAACUAUCUAUUCAACAAGAGCGUUGCCAGAAUCAUCGACGAGGAAAGUGGCAAACUUCGCGUAGUAGUGGAGGAUGGCAGCGAUUACGAGGCUGAUAUUGUGGUUGGCGCUGAUGGCAUCAAGUCACGCAUCCGGGACCUCAUGUUCCCCGGACAAAACAUGAAUGCCACAGUGACAACCGAAUGCAUAUUCCAGACGGAGGUUGAUAUCGCCAUGGUGCAGAAAGACCCAGUCGCCGCUCCGCUUGGCGCUUGCUCGCACCAUCUCAUGUUCGGCCCCGGGCUCUACUGCGUCGGUCGGCCGACUGCUCAUGCCACCGUUCGCAUCCUUCUAUGCAGUCUACAUUAUGGGCUUCCAUCCGCCGAUGCGGAUUUGGGUGGAACUUGGAACUCAGAUGGCAACCCUGAAGAGAUCCGCGAAAUGUUCAAAGGGUUCGGUGCGCCGCUGCGUGCCUACAUCGAAUCACCAAAGAUGGAAACCUGGCUAGGAUUCGACGGACGGUGUAUUCUUCUUGGUGAUGCUGCGCAUGCCAUGUUGCCGCAUACUGCCCAAGGGGUGAGCCAAGGCAUCGAGGAUGGCUUGGCACUCAGGACAGCCCUUCGCUGGUGUGACAGUCGAGACAACCUGGCUCCAACUUUGAGAAAAUAG